AUGACAUGAAUUUUGGCGGGUGUAUCAUUUCGGUUUGUUUACGUCUGAACUUCGAUCCACAAAUUUCAAUUUUAGUUUACAUUUUUCGCGUGGAAAAACAAUGGAAAUCGACGAGGAACCAAUUAUUGUCGAGUCGGAGGCAGGACCGUCAACCUCAAAUGUAGUGACAAAGGAAAAAUCUAAGAAGAAAAACCUGCCAUGGAUCGAGAAGUAUCGUCCGCAAACAUUCGAAGAAAUCGUUGGCAAUCAGGACACCGUUAGUCGAUUGGGAGUGUUUGCUACACAAGGGAAUGCACCAAAUAUAAUCAUAGCCGGUCCGCCUGGCGUCGGCAAGACCACAACAAUCCUCUGCUUAGCCCGAAUCCUGCUCGGUCCAAAUUUCAAGGAAGGCGUUCUCGAAUUGAACGCAUCCAACGAGCGCGGCAUCGAUGUCGUGCGCAACAAAAUCAAAAUGUUCGCCCAACAGAAAGUGACUCUGCCGAGAGGACGUCACAAGAUUGUCAUCUUGGACGAAGCGGACAGCAUGACCGAAGGAGCCCAGCAAGCACUACGCCGAACGAUGGAAAUUUACAGUAACACAACACGAUUCGCACUGGCCUGUAAUACCAGUGAAAAGAUCAUUGAACCGAUUCAGUCACGUUGCGCUAUGCUAAGAUUCUCAAAAUUGUCGGAUGCUCAGGUGCUGGCAAAGCUAAUCGAAAUUUGCCAGAAAGAGUCGUUGAGUUACGUCGAAGACGGACUGGAGGCUAUUGUGUUCACAGCCCAAGGUGAUAUGCGACAGGCAUUGAACAAUCUUCAGUCAACGGCCAAUGGUUACGGCCACGUUUCAGGCGAGAAUGUCUUCAAAGUGUGCGAUGAACCGCAUCCGAUGCUUAUCCAAGAUAUGCUCCAGCACUGUAUCAAGGGUGACAUUCACAAAGCGUACAAAAUCAUGGCCAAACUGUGGCGCUUGGGCUACGCAGCUGAGGACAUAAUUGGGAAUGUGUUUCGGGUGUGCAAGCGCAUUGAGAUGGACGAGAAAUUGAAAUUGGCUUUUAUCCGGGAAAUUGGCGAGACUCAUAUGCGAAUCGUUGACGGUCUGAAUUCGUUGCUACAGUUGACUGGUUUAUUGGCGCGGCUGUGUCAAGCAACUGGAGACUUUUGAGUUGGAACAAUUUUUGCGUUUUAUCCCCAUUUUUUCUAAUAAAAAUUUUUUGGUUUCGAAUAUCGUUGUCAGA